AUGAAGUUCGUCAUUGUCCUCUACGAUGCAAAUGAACAUGCCAAAGAUGAGCCAAAAUUGUACGGUUGCACUGAAAAUGCUUUGGGCAUCAAGGACGAACUAGAAAAACAAGGACAUGAAGUGAUUGUUACUUCUGAUAAGGAAGGCGAGAAUUCAGAAUUCGAAAAGAACUUGCCUGAUGCAGAUAUAGUGAUUACUACUCCAUUCCACCCUGCAUAUCUUACCUCAAAGCGUAUUGACAAAGCCAAGAAGCUCAAGCUUAUCAUUGUUGCUGGUGUUGGAUCGGAUCACAUUGACUUAGACUACAUCAAUAAGAACAAGCUCAAAAUUUCUGUUCUGGAAGUUACCGGAUCUAAUGUCGUCUCAGUGGCGGAGCAUGUGAUUAUGACAAUGCUUGUUUUGGUGAGAAACUUUGUUCCUGCCCAUGAACAAGCAAUCAAUGGUGAAUGGGAUGUUGCCGCAAUCGCCAAGGAUGCUUAUGAUAUUGAGGGAAAGACAAUUGCCACAAUUGGUGCUGGUAGAAUUGGCUACAGAGUCUUGCAGAGACUUGUGGCCUUCAACCCUAAGGAGUUGUUGUAUUAUGACUACAAUCCUUUACCAGCAGAGGCAGAGAAAGCUGUUGGUGCAAAGAGAGUUCUUGAUCUGAAAGAUUUAGUUUCUCAGGCUGAUAUUGUGACCGUGAACUGUCCUUUGCACGCAGGAACUCAAGGAAUGAUCAACAAAGAACUUUUGAAACACUUCAAGAAGGGAGCAUGGUUGGUUAACACGGCUCGUGGCCGCAUCUGUGUUGCCGAGGAUGUUGCUGAAGCUGUGAAAAAUGGUCAGCUUAGAGGUUAUGGUGGUGAUGUGUGGUACCCACAGCCAGCACCUAAGGAUCAUCCAUGGAGAUCAUUUAGAAACAAGUAUGGUGCUGGAAAUGCCAUGGUUCCGCACUAUUCUGGUACAGUUCUUGACGCCCAGAUAAGAUAUGCUGAGGGUACAAGAAACAUAAUUCAUUCCUUCCUUUCUGGAAAGCUUGAUUAUAGACCACAAGAUGUCAUCUUACUUGAUGGUGAGUACCAGACAAAGUCUUAUGGAAAGCAUUAA